GGCCGUGAACUCGCACGGCUUUCCUUCUGCCCGCGGCCGCCCGACCCGCUCGCUCCCGCUGGAGGCCUGCCCUCUGCACCCGGAGCACUGGGGUCAGUGUAAUAGUUAAUGCUGGCGAAGCAGUUUGGAAGGGAUAAGUGCUGUGUAAGCACCCGGUCUCCUAAGUCUCUCUGUUUCCAGAGCGUGAACCCCCACAGCCCGGCUGUGUGUGUGCAGAUAAUCGCCCCGACCACAAAGUGCUGGCUCAGACCAACUCCGUUCUGCGGGCGCUUGGAGGAGGGGGAAGGAGGGGCUCAGCAGGAUUUGUCCGAGGUUCCACGGACGGAAAGCACCAAGCCUUGUCCUUUGGAAUGCAGAGGGGCUUGCGGUGAAGCAUAGGCAGCGCUUUGUCUCUCCUGGGCUGAGCGGUGCCGCUGUGCUGCACACUGCUGGCAGUGCUGCUCUUCCUGGCCUCUUGGCGAUGGGCACUUAAUGGAUCAGAAAGGGAAUGUGGGCAUGCUGGCUCACUUCUGCAGUGCCUCUCACAGAACUGAGCACAUCUGUCUGCUCAGCUUCUGGAAGCAGGCUGGGGAUGAGCCCUGGUGGCUGUGGGCCCUGAAGACCCUGAUACGUGCCAGGCUGUUAGAGUGGCUCUGUGGCUCCAGCAACCACAGCAGCUUCCCUGUCUGAUGCUCACCUCAUAGAUGGGCACAAAGCAGUUCCCGUUGUACCUCUGGCCCAAGGGACUUGUGUUCAGCUGCAGCCGUGGCACAGAGCCCACUGGGCAGUGCUGGAGCUGGCAGAGCACGGUGGGGAGUUUAGCACCAGCAGGACUGGGGGUCGGCACUUCCCCAAAAUGAUGAAGCCACCCUGCGCUGCGCGGCUGGCGUCCCCGAGCCCUUCAUCCUCCUGUUUGCUGUGUCUCCUCCCAGCUGUGGGCUCACAAGGGGUGGCGGCUGGUGGGAUAUAUAAACGUAGGGGAGUCUGAGCCAGCUCAGAAGAAACUCCUGGAGCUGCUGGUGUUCUCUCUCCCUCCCUUCACGUGAUUCAGUUUCCCCAGACCAGAGAAGCCGAAGACAAGUCAUACUGUGCGAGAUGGCUGCCGGCAGCCGCCUCCUCCUCCUCCUGCUCCUGCUGCCCUGGCUGGCCGCAGCCUCGCACAGCCCUCCCGGCUGCAAGAUCCGGAUUACCUCCAAGGGGCUGGACCUCGUGAAGCAGGAGGGUCUGCGCUUCGUGGAGCAGGAGCUGGAGAACAUCACAGUGUCAGACCUGCACGGGAAGGAGGGGCAGUUCCACUACAACAUCAGCCAGGUCAAGGUGAUGGACCUGCAGCUGCCAUUUUCCAACCUGCACUUCCAGCCGCAACAGAACCUCGCCUUCGACAUCAACAACGCUUCCAUCAGCCUGCGCUUCAGGCGGCAGCUGCUCUACUGGUUCUUCUACGACAUUGGAUCCAUCAAUGCUUCUGCUGAUGGUGUCCACAUCCAUACUGUGCUGCAGCUGGCCAAGGAUGAGGUUGGACGCCUCAAGAUUUCCAACAUGUCCUGCAAUGCCUCCAUUGCCAGAAUGCACGCAGGAUUCUCUGGCACACUCAGGAAGGUCUAUGAGUUCCUGAGCACCUUCAUUGUCACAGGGAUGCGCUUCCUCCUCAGCCAGCAGAUCUGCCCAUCCCUGGAGCAUGCCAGCCUGGUGCUGCUGAACUCCUUGCUGGACACAGUGCCAGUAAGGAACUACGUGGAUGAGCACAUUGGGAUUGACUACUCCCUGCUCCGUGAUCCAGCUGUCUCCCCAGAAACCCUCGACCUGGACUUCAAGGGCAUGUUCUUCUAUCGUGCGAGGGAGGACCAGGAGCUGGAGAACCACGCGGUGGAGCCGGUGAUCAAGGAGACUGAGCGCAUGGUUUACGUUGCCUUCUCUGAGUACUUCUUUGACUCAGCCAUGCACGCAUACUUCCAGGCGGGUGUGCUGGCCAUAGAGCUUGAGGGGGAGAAGGUACCCAAGGACCUGGAGGUUCUGCUGAGAGCCACCUUCUUUGGGACCAUCUUCAUGCUGAACCCUGCUGUGGUGGAUGCUCCCUUGCGGCUGGUGCUUCAGGUGUCAGCUCCCCCCCGCUGUGUGAUCAAACCCUCGGGGACCUCCGUCUCUGUCUCUGCCUUCCUCAACAUCUCGCUGGUACCUGCAGACCGCCCUGCUGUCCAGCUUUCCAGCAUGGCCAUGGAAUCAAAGCUGAGUGCCAAGGUGUACCUGCAAGGGAAGGCACUGCGCGUGCAGCUGGACCUGCGACGGUUCCGCAUCUAUUCCAAGCAGUCAGCACUGGAAUCUCUGGCGCUGUUCUCACUGCAGGCCCCACUGAAAACUCUGCUGCAGCUGACAAUCAUGCCCAUCAUUAACGAGAGGACAAAGAAGGGUGUGCAGAUUCCUCUGCCAGAAGGCAUGGACUUCACCAGGGAGGUGGUCACCAAUCACGCGGGAUUUCUCAUAGUGGGAGCUGAUCUCCACUUCUCCAAGGGGCUGCGGGAAGUGAUAGAGAAGUACCGCUCCACCCCUGCAGUCCCUGCUGAGCCCACAGUGCAGCCCACAGCAGCCAACACAGACCCCCACCAGCUGUAGCUCUGCUUACUUGCUCCUUCACCCUGGACAAAGGUCAGAUCCUGGGCUGGACCCAUAGGCUGUAGGUAGGAAGCAACAUCCCCAAUACCACUCACACAUCCUGCAGGGCAUCUGCACCCAGGUGGGCAGCAGCAAGGUGGAGACAGCUGCUCUGGGAAUCCCUGUUGCACCCCUUCUCGUAAACUAAUAAACCACUGAAUGCUA